CUGCAUUGUAAUCUGGCAAUCUAGCAUCUUCGGGGGAUAUGGCGAGGUGGAUGAUGAACAUAUGUGGCAUCUUGUCUUUAUCUCUGCUCAUCACCAGCAUUGUGCUGCUGGUAGUCCACACCUUCAUGGAGAUGGUAGAAACAGAGGUCAAGAAGGUCACCGUAUUGAAGAAUGGAACCGAGGCUUAUAAUGCCUGGGUUGAUCCUCCUCCCCCCAUCUACAUGAAGUUCUACUUUUUUAAUGUUACCAACCCGCUGGAGGUCUUGGAUGGGGAAAAGCCUGUUGUAGAUGAAAUUGGACCUUAUGUUUACCGGGAGUACAGACCUAAAGAAAAUAUUGAGUUUCUUGAAAAUGGAACUGAAGUGUCAGCUGUUACCCCAAAAACGUAUGUAUUUGAGGCGGAUCUAUCUAAGGGAAACCCGAUGACUGACUUUGUCCGAACUGUCAAUAUUCCUGUUGUGACACUGCUGGAGAAGGUUCUAAAGAGCAAAAUAGCUGGGAUUUUAAGACCUAUAAUUGAAGCAGCACUGAAGACUUACAAUGAAGGAAUGUUCACCACUCGUACUGUCCAUGAGAUGCUAUGGGGAUACAAAGAUCCACUUCUUACCUUGGUGCAUAAAGUGGACUCCAGCGUCGAUGAGAUGUUUGGGUUGUUCUACAAUAUGAACACAACAAAUGAUGGGACAUAUGUGUUUCUCAGUGGGUCAAAGGAAUACAAGGACUUUACUCAGAUUGUGGAAUGGAAUGGUAAAAGAAAUCUUUCAUGGUGGACUUCAGACCGAUGCAAUAUGAUUAAUGGGACAGACGGGACAUCUUUUCACCCACUGAUAAAUAAAGAUGAUAUUAUUUACAUGUUUUCAUCAGACCUGUGCAGGUCUUUGUACGCGGUUUAUAACUCCACAAAAACUGUAAAGGAAAUUGCAGCCUUCCGUUUCAUCCCACCAGCAAAGGUUUUUGCUAAUGUAACUAUCAAUCCUGACAAUGCUGGUUUCUGUGUUCCUGCGGGGAACUGCCUGCCAUCAGGACUACUGAAUGUCAGUGAAUGCAAGCAAGGCGCCCCCAUCAUUCUCUCAUCUCCUCAUUUCUACCAAGCGGAUGAAUCCAUAGUUAAGAGCAUAGAAGGAAUAAGUCCUAACCAAGAUGACCAUGAAACAUUCAUGGAUAUCAAUCCGCUUACUGGAAUAUUACUGAGAGCUGCCAAGAGAAUGCAAGUCAAUGUCCAUGUAAGACAAAUUCCUACAUUUAGCACUACAAAAAACAUACAGACUCUCUACUUCCCAGUAAUGCACCUCAGUGAGACAGCUCUCAUUGAUGAUGAGUCUUCUGAAAAACUUAGGACCGUUCUAUUGAAAGCCAGAUUGGUAGCCAAUAUUCCCUUCAUCAUUAUGGGACUAGGCAUUUUGCUUGGAAUUAUAUAUAUCAUAAUGAUAUGCCGUCCGCAUAGAACAAUGGAAGAGGGGACGGAAGACGAAAGUGGGCCUCUAUUAAGAACAUCCUAAUUCAUUAAUGUUGUCACAUAAAGGAAAAAAAAACUAUGCAAAAUGCUUACUGAUUCCUCACAAUGGUAUGUGGAUUAGAGAAGAUUUGAAAGGAGCAGAGACAGGCCUGAAGAUGCUGUGCAGUAGACUGGACACAUGAAGAAGCACAGUACCCUACAAUACUGUUUUACCACUGAGAUGAAAUAACAAGCACAUUUUAAUUUAUUCUACUCCUUACUUUUCCAUUAUGGACUUUCACAUUUGCUAUAACUUUUGUGUAUAAUUUGUGCAAUGACU